AUGGAUCCGGAAGUCCUCUUGGCAAGAAGAAAGCUCGACAACGAGGAGGAGGAUGCGAAUGGCCUCCCUGCCCUCCCCGUUCGCUACUGCCAAGAGGAGCCCCCCCUCCUCGGUUACUCCUUCCAGGACUGGCACCACAGGCUCUGCGAAGUUUGUCCCAACGUUGCUGAAUUCCGCUAUGCUAGCAAGAGCCAAUUGGAUCCUAAAGACCCCUCGAUGAGUCGUCAUGCGCCGAGGAUGAAGCGCGUGGGAUACAUCCAGGCGUCAACAGAAGUAAUGAGUGGAGACAAGGUUGAAGUUCAAGAUUUUUCAACGGGGGAGAAAUUAGGACUGUGGACGUUCGAGAUCACUUUCUACAACUUGGAAUCUGCAUUUGUUGGCAAGAGGACGUACGUGUUUGGCCAUCCCCAGAGUUGGAUCGAUUUCAUCAUGAGCAUCAUCGCAGACAAGCAAAGGCUCUCCAACGACAACUACUUCAGCUAUCUCGCAAAAAGUCUGAGCAUCACCGGCGAGAUUUGGCAGAAGGGAGACACAGGGUGCACGGGGAUCGACAAGACCGCAUGGAAGAAGGCGAGAUUGAAGAACGGGAAAGUCUUCACAGAUUGCCAGAAAGUCUUCGACCGCUUCGCAGUUCCAGCCGCUCAUGCAUCAACGAUGGAACUUGCAAGCAGCGACGAGGAGCAUCUGAUGUUGGCAGAGAACAAGCUGAUUUCUGCCCUCUCCGACCUUGGAUUGGAUGUUUCGGACGAUCAGGUUCAAGGAAUCACAAAGGAAUUGAAUCUAAAGAGAACUUACGAGUCUGGCUACACUUUUUCAGAAUUCUUCCUUGUGUUCAAAAGUUUCUAUCAGAAUCAGUCAAUGGCUCCUUCCGAGAUUGUUAAGGAGAAGCUCAUGCAAAUCAUGCACAAAUCGAAGAACACCUUCCUUAAGAUGUUGAGCGAGGAAGAGCAGCGUACGCUGAUCGAAGGAUUUGGCAAGGAUGGCAAACCGAACUGCGUGUUCAAGACCUUCAACUGCGGCGCAGUUCUUGUUCAUCAGGGAGACGAAGGAGACUCGAUGUUCAUCGUUGUUGAGGGACAGCUCAGUGUGCUCGUCUCCUUCGGGUCCGGGGCUGAGGCGUACAGGAAGGAGGUUGCUGUACUGCCUAGCGGAGCUGUAAUGGGAGAGAUGAGGUUUCCUUUUCCCUUCCUCAUUCUACUCGUUCUCACGUACCGACCUUCGUCGAGCAGUCUUGUGCUGGGCAAACCCAGGAGCGCAACAUGUCUAGUCAAGUCCGACACUUGUUCUGUAGCCGAGAUCACCAAAGGCGCCCUCACCGCCCUUCUGCAAUCGCGACCCUAUCUGGCCCGAGAGCUGGAAGAGAUCGUACACCGACGUGACACUUCGAACUAUCUCCUCGGUGAGAAGAGGACGAAGGAGGAGGACGAAGGGGGGAGAGAGGGACGGAAGGACGAGGACGAGGACGAGGACAAGGAGGCUGGAUCCGCUGCCGCCAUGCUCGCAUAUCGUUCGCGGGCGCGCGACAAGUUUAGCUCGAAGGGGAAGGAAGCGGAAGAAGACGAUGGGGACAAGCUUAAGCAACCCAGCGAGAGAGGCUCCACCGGCAUCCUGCCGCGGUACAACAGGGUGGUGACAAGGAAAAACAGGAAUCAACGAUCCAAGUCCCAGAUGAGCUCUUAUCCUGAGAGCGUCACUGAAUCCCUUCCCCUGAUCAAGGGACAACCGCGCAAGGUCAGGACGGGCGUCUGGCAGAUCCCUUCGCUCGUGGACACAGGCUCGACUGUCCUCCCUCUCAUGAUCCUCAAGGCUCUUGUUAUCUUAUCCUCAAUUGCCUUUGUUUUCAUCUCCCUUGCCCCUUAG